AUGCUGUAUUCCAUACCGGCGUGUCCUUUAAGAGAUUUGCUAAGGCACGGUCGGGCUUGCGGGCAUCUAAAUGGCCUGUACUCCGUAGCGAAGCUCAAGUACGUUUCCUCGUCGUACGGAAGCCGGAGGAGGGCUAGUGAGUAUCUAGCACCUGGUUGCCCAUGUUGUAGGUGGACUGACCAGUUAACAGCGGCGAUGGACACUGCCCUAGGUAUAGAGGCGUCAAGGAAGAUAUCGAAAAAGAAGUACAGAAUCUUUCACAGGAAACGGAGUAACUGUAUGGUAGCGUUCGAUUCAUUUCCAAGAAUGGAGCACCACCUGUAA